AUGAGAUGUAGCGUUUUGAAACGGACCCGAAAGUACCGCUGGGUACUGCAGUCGCCUAAAGGUUUCCCCAUCUCUCCUGGUGUAAUUGCCGUCGUGAAUCGAGUAGAUGUGAGCCAGCAGUGCGUGCAGUAUAAGUUCUUUGGAGAGCCUGUGGUAGAAGCUUGUGUUGAAAAUGGCGCAAGCUACAUUGACAUCAGUGGAGAGCCUCAGUUUCUGGAAGAAAUGUACCUGAAAUACAAUGACAAAGCUGAGGAAAAAGGAGUAUAUGUCGUUGGAAGCUGUGGCUUUGACUCUAUACCCGCUGAUAUGGGAGUACUGUACACCAGAGACAAGCUGAAAGGUACCUUAACUGCUGUUGAAAGUUUCCUUACUAUGAAUUUUGGACCUGAGGGUUCUUCUCUUCAUGAAGGUACCUGGCAGUCAGCUAUUUAUUUCCUGGCGGAUGAAAACAACCUGAAGACAAUUCGGAAAAAGAUUGGAUAUGCCCCUGUUCCAGUAAUUGGUGCAAAACUUAAAAAAAGACUUGUGUUUUACAAUCAGGAUUUCAGAAAGUACUCCGUUCAAUUCACGCCAUCUGAUGUUUCUGUUGUGGAACGGUCUCAGCGCUAUAUGCACACAGAGUUGAAGGAAACACCGGUGCAGUAUGGUGCUUACGUGAACAUAGGUGGUCUCGGCUCUGUUAUCAAGUUGACGUUUGCUGGCAUUUUAUUUCUUCUCCUUGCUAAGUUUAGCUCUGGAAGAAAACUUCUGAUAAAAUACCCAGAAUUUUUCUCUGGUGGAUACUUCACAAAGAAAGGACCAACCCAGAAACAGAUGGAAAGAACUACUUUUACAAUGACUUUUUUUGGUGAGGGUUACAGUGAAGGGCAAGAUCCACAGAAUGGCAAACCAAAUGUAAAGAUCUGCACUGAAGUCAAGGGACCAGAGCCUGGCUAUGUUACUACGCCAAUUGCAAUGGUUCAAGCAGCUGUAUCUCUUCUGGAAGAUGCAGCUUGUCUGCCUAAACAGGGUGGUGUAUAUUCUCCAGCAGCUGCCUUCUGCAAAACAAAACUGAUUGAUCGCCUCAACAAACGUGGUAUUGAGUUCUCUGUUAUUAGCAAGCCUGAAGUCUGA